AUGCCACGUCGAAAAAGUUAUCAAUUAACUGUACUGUUUCUAUCUCGUAGCACCAUCUACAGUGCAGCAAAAAGAAUGCUAUCAGGAUUUAGCUACGAAGAAGUGCUUAUGUUAGCAGUGCAGCUAUCUGAUAAUGUUGCCAACUGCUGUGAAGAGGACAAGGACCCCGAUGAAGUGGUCCAUAACUUGAGCAAACUUAUUGCAAAAGCACAGGUGCCAGCGUCUUUUGUCUAUUGUCGUGGCAUGUGCAACCGUGCAUGCCAUUUUUGUCAAAGGUUACAGGACGCUGCUGCGGACUCUACGGAACUCCCGCGUACGAACAGGCGAACAAAUAUGAACGGCAUUGUACAAGGCAUCCUUCGGCAACGCGUGGGUGAUGCAGCCUCGGAGGCUGACAAUACACGCCACAUCAGAACGUGGUGGCAUUCUGCACAACACAAGAGACCGUCUGUAGAGCCAAGUAAAAUAUGCACUGCGAACGAGGUGAGUCCACUGCUUCAUGAUGAGCGCCUAGCCUCCUACGUUGUCUAUCGCCGAAACGGAUUAACCAUCUUGACAAUGCGGCUUUCCGCUACUAACGAUUUUUGUACCACACCUUCAUGUACGUAAAGCAUUCUUGUAC